AUAACAAAAAUGGCCGCUUCUAUAUAUGCAACCCCACCGCCUGAUUUAAGUAGCGAGGAUACCGCAUUAUCCGAUGUAUCCAAUACUUCAUCAACAACAAACAACAAUGCAACAGCAGCAGCAACAGCAACAUUAAAACAAUUAACAACAGCAUCAGCAACAACAACAACUACUACCACUACAAACACUACCAAUAAAACAUGUGAGGAAACGACAACAACACCAACAACUACAUCUUCAUCAUCAUCAGCAAAAACAACAACAACCACAUUGUCAAACAAUAAUAAUAACAACAACAACAGCAGCAGCAGUAAACAAAAACGCACAAUAGCUGAUGUUCUUAAAGACACCAGCUGCAGCAGCAGCAAACCCACCCACACAACACAAUGCUCUUCCAAUCUACCCAAUAUGGGAAGCUCUACAAAUGAGACACACGUUACAGAAGACCAUGAUAAUAAUGAUAAUGAGGAUGCUAAUACGACAGCCACAAACAUGGCAGCCGUAGCAGCGGCUGCUAAUGCAGCCAUGCAACUACAAUUAUUAGAAGCCAUAAAUGAUGCUGCCAAAAAACGACGCAAACAGCACAAUCCCACUCGCAUGGAUGAGGAGAACACCGCAAAUCCAUCAUCAAAUGCGUCAGCUGCCACUGUCGACUAUGAGGAUAAACUAUCGAAAAUGUUUUUGCCCAAAUCGAUGGAACAGUUUAAGGAAACAUUUGAAAUGUUACAGCAGCAGCAACACAUUGAACACAUAUCAAAAACUCAGGAAUUAAGUGACCAUAAAAUGACUAAACUCUCCGAUAUGGAGGAACAGCAGCAGCAACAGCAGCAUCAACAGGCAUUCAAUAAUCCAUAUCAUACCUUCUGCAAGGAGUGUGGUGAAAAUUUUGAAAAUGAAUUUAAAUUAAGUCUGCACAUGAUGCAGGAACACAAUGAAAUGAAUACGGAUGUUUUUACAAAUAACCAGACCAACAGCUCUGAUAUGACGCCCCUGGAUAUAUUGGCCUCUGUCAAGGUGAAAUUGGAAAGACCUGAUUAUGAGUCAUCCUCUCCGAAUCAUAAUUCGGAACAGGAUCACAGUUCACAUGAUCAGUCUCAGCAUCAUAAUAACAGCUCCUCUGCUGGUAUGCUAACCAACGGUAAAGAUCAGCACCAGCAGCAACAGCAACAACAAUGGAUGGGUGGACCUGCAAUGGCGCCCAUGGGGUUUCCUUUUCCUCCAGAAGCUGCUGCAGCAGCAGCUCUGCAGGCAGGUGGUUAUCUGCCUUUGCUGGGGGUUCCCGGUUUUCCCGGUGUUGAUGGCCUUAAUCGUCCACCUCUAAGAAUUUUCAAUCCCGAAGCUUUUUGCGAGCUGUGCAAUAAGGAGUUUUGCAACAAGUAUUUCCUGAAAACCCACAAAGCCAACAAGCAUGGCAUCUAUGAUCCCAGCAGUGAUGGUCUGAGCACCAGCCAGCAACAACAACAGAACAGCAUGAAUGCCAUGAGCCAAAUGUUUCAAUUACAAAUGCAACAGCAACACCAGCACUUGCAACAACAGCAGCAGCAACAAAUGCAGAUGGAAUUGGCACAGCAGAAGCUACUAAACGAACAGCAACGCAAAGACAAUGAAGCCUCGUCCACCAUCAACUCUCCAACUUCAAAUGCCACCACAAAAGCCACACACAGCUCCGGCAACUCGCAGCAGCAAACGCAGGUUACACCACCAGCUCCGCCACCGGUAUUUUGUGAUAUUUGCUCAAAACGUUUUACCAAUGUCUUUGCCAUGCGUCGUCAUCGAGCCAAGGCUCAUGAACAAAAUUCCAACAAUAAUUCACAGCGCAACAGUCCCUCAGAAGCCUCCAACAAUUCCUUGGAAUCCACAACAACCUCUUCCCAAGCUACGGAUAUGCCUGCAGGCAAACAAUUUCAAAUGCCCGAAGGUUUUCGCCAAGAUUUCGUUUUGGAACAGGAAGAGGUCUCCUUUACGCCACAACCACGCAAGCUGUCGCCUCAAUCACAACAGCAGGCCCGUGAAUCCAACUUUUCCCAUGACAAACUAAAACGUUUGGGUGUCCUAAAUCCCGAGUCAUUCUGUGAGAUCUGUUGCAAGGAGUAUUGCAACAAAUACUUUUUGCGCACACACAAAUGGAAACGUCAUGGCAUAUUUAUGCCGCCAGAAGAUGCGGAAAAUCCCCAAAAGUUGCCCACAUGGCCAUUUAUGAAUAUGCCUGGUAUGCCGGUUAAUUUAAUGAUGGCCCAACGCAUGAUGACUGGAGCAGAAACGGUCGAGAAGGAAUUGCCUCAACAAACCAACAAACGCAUUAAAUUGGAACAACCCGAUGAGGAUGAAGUGAUGAAAGAUGCCAGCAAUGAUGAAAAUCAAGAGAAUCGCAGUGAAAAUAAUCAGGUCUCAAGUGUGCCCUCAACGCCAGAGCCCAGCAAAUUAAUGGCCGACAGCCAGAGCUUGGGCCAGAGUUCCGAAGCUGCCAUGGGUUUGCAAAAUCUACAAAAAUUACAAACCAUGAUACAGCAGUUGAAUGAUUUGAAUGGCAAACGACCCAUAGCUUGUCAUUUGUGUGGCAGGGAAAUGGAAAAUCAAUAUGCUCUGCAGGCCCAUAUAAUGGCCGAACACAGUGGGGCUAUGGAAGGAGGUAUGCCACCCCUAAAUUUCCCCUCUCAGCUGCUGAUGCAACAACAAGCUUUGCUCAAACAGUCUCCAAACGGUUCCCCUAGUUCCCUGAUGCCCCUUAUGGGCAUGGCCGGGCCCGGGGAACUAUAUUGCACUCCUUGCGAAAGAGAGUUCAAAAAUUUGCCAGAAUUUCAAAAACAUAUCACUGAAGUUCAUCUGCCCACCAAUAAUUUGGGAAGUCCUUUGCGUGAGGGCUUCGUAACGCCAGAAAGACCGAUUAAUCCUGCGAUGGCUCAAACCAGCCGACUUCCCUACACCAUCACACCCACCAGCAGUUACUGCGAGAUUUGCAAUAAGGAAUUGUGCAAUAAGUAUUUCAUGAAGACUCACAUGCAGCGCAUGCACGGCAUAGAAAUUGAAAAUGGCGCCCAGAUAGGAGGCGUGGUGUGCAAUAUCUGCAAUAAGGAAUUGUGUAGCAAAUAUUUCCUAAGAGUACACAAACACAAUACCCAUGGCAUUAUAGAGGAUGGAGCACCUUUGCCACAACCCCGACAAAAUGGCAUCAAAUUUGAAGCGGCUUUGCAGCAACAGAUGAUGGAAACAGAAGGCUUAAAUAGAAACCUUAACAUGAGUCCCUUUGGCAGUGGCGGUUCGGAGGGUAAAAAUGAAACUUACCCAGCUUCAUCGUACACCGAAAUAUGUCCCAUUUGCACUAGACGUUUUCGCAAUGUGAAAUGGCUGAGAAGCCAUCUCAUGAGCGAACACGGUCCAGCCGGCAUGGAUAAGGUGCGUGAAUUGGAACAACAGUAUGGCGGCAGUUUAAGCAAACCCUCUAGCCCCACCUUAAAAGUACCAAACGGUUCUAGUUCAGCUGGUUCGGCGGCCACACCCAGUGCUGUACCUUCACCGGCGCAAUUAGCUCAAGCUUUGCAAAAUCUCAAUGCCCAACAUUUGCUACAAAACAUGCCGAAAAACAAUAUGGCAGCAACUUUCAAUAGUGAACAAAACCUACAAUCGCCACAGCUUAAGGAAUAUCAAUGUUCCAUGUGUCCAUUUACAACACCCUACUAUGCAUUCCUAUUCAUACACGAGCGCACACAUUCCAUUAUCAAUAACAAUGACCAGGAACAGGAACCAGAACAAGAAAACGAGCAACAUUACAAACAGGAAAAACCGGUGGAACUUCAUCAACAGCAGCAGCAGCAGCAAAAACCACAAAAACAAUUAAGGGAAGAAGGUAAAAGCUUGAAGAGGAAACACAGCCGUGAUUUGAAAACGCCAACUGAAAUUGUUGCAUUGGAUCAAGAGGAUACAAACGAACAGUUUGAUGUCAAGCUCUACGAGCAGGAACUACCCGAAUUAAUAUCCAAUGAACCCACUAAUCUAUCCAUGCGUACACCUUCACCCACCGAAAUCACUUCCACCACCAGCCGCGAGGACAUGCAAAAACCCAACUCCCCCAAAUCUCAACUAACACAAGACAACUAUAUAAGUGAUAGUAAAGAUUACAGGCGUUCUUCACUGUCCCCUAAGGGCUACAGAUCAGCAGCUUGUUCACCGGUCUUCAAUAAUUUGCAGCAGCAAUUGUUGCAGGAAAUUUCACAACAAGCCGGCAAGGCAGCUUCAUUUGCUGUGCCGCGCGAAGAGAAUGCUUCAGCUGCUCAUCAAAUGCAGGCAUUUGUUAUUGAGGCUGUGGGCCAAAAUGAUGAGGAGGAUGUAAGUAACAGGUUUGUGCCCGCUAUUGUCUAUUUACCCGUCAAAGAACGUCUAACAGGUACUAUGAAAUUAUCAUUUAAUUUGACACCUGUUUAA